UCUAAAUUAUAAUGUUAUAGGAUACGUGGAUCAGGGAAUACAUGAUUAUUAUACCUCUAAGUGCAUUUUUCGGAGGAAUUGCUGGAGGGCCAUGCAUCGAGUAUCUCGGAAGAAGAUACACGAUACUAGCCACAACGCUCCCAUAUAUCGGAUCAUUUAUUUUAAUCGUGUUGACUCAGGACGCCACGGUGUUGUUAGUAGGACCCGCAUUAUGCGGAUUUAGCAUGGGCAUUAUUUCCUUAUCGCUAUCUGUGUAUUUAUGCGAGACAAUGCAGACAAAAUUGCGCGGUCGUCUUGGCACAUUGCCCAAUACAUUUGGUAACUACGGAACAAUAAUAUGCGUGAUAUUGGACAUUUUUCUGGCCCGGGAAAAAAUGUUGCUGCUAAGCGCGAGUCUGCUUAUAUUCCUGAUUUUUAUAUUGUCUCUGACCCCUGAGACGCCGGGAUGGUACAUCUCUAAGGGAAAGACAGCGCAAAGUCAAAAAAUUCUGCAAACGCUGCGCGGCACAGACACCGAUAUAACCGACGAACUGACUAUGAUCGAGAAGUUAUUCAUCGAGAACGAACGAAACGUCUCUCAUAAUACAAUCUCGAAGUUGCUGAAGAGAAACAAUCUGAAGCCACUGCUUGUUUCCCUGGGGCUGAUGUGGUUCCAACAAAUGUCGGGCACCUACGUGGUUCAAUUCUACAUGUGGGAAUUUAUCGAUAUCACCUCAACGAGCCUAAGUAUGUUCCGCUUCGUGUACUCCAUAUCUCACUUCAUCUUCACGCGCUAUAUCGACAAAGGCAGAAAGAAACUGCUGUAUAUAAGCAGCGUGUUGAUGGCUUUGUCGCUCUUCUCUUUCGGAGGGCUCCUUUACGCCAUACCGAAAGAUGUCGACGGGAGUUUGAAAUUCCUGCUGGGGAUCAACCUAAUUGUGUACAUGAUAGGCUAUUUGAUAGGCUUUGGUCCGAUUCCCUGGCUGAUAAUGGGCGAGAUCUUGCCGGCCAAAACCCGUAGCUCGACCGCCAGUAUCGUGACCAGUUUCAAUUGGAUGUGCAACUUCAUAGUGGCGAAGACUUUUAAAAACGUCGUAGCGGUGAUCGGCAAGCCCGGCAUUUUUUGGCUGUUCGGCGUCUUCGUUGUGGUAGGUUUCAUCUUCGUGAUCAUCAGCGUGCCGGAGACGAGCGGCAAGUCACCCAAGGAGAUUGAGGAGAGUUUUAAGAAGAAUGAGUAGAAGAAUGAGCGCAGCCGCCAACUAAAGCCGAUGCCAAUGGCCUGCUAGCUUCCGAAUCGACUCGACACUCAAGCACGAUUUUUAUCAACAAGCAAAUUUGCCCAAGCAAAAAAAAAUGGGAUUCACGGUGUCACUUUAAGGAAAAGAUUUCCUCGCAGAUCAAGCGACGCGGUAGCGUGAUAAUGGCACAAAUAAAUUUUAAGUUUCAUAAAAUGAACGUUAAAUUUUACUAUUAUGAAAAAUAUAUAUCAAUUUAAUUGACAUAAAAAUUAAUCAUUUUUGUUUUGUCCUAUUGAUUAAAAGUUUAUAUAAAUUUUAAAUCCCAUAGAACUGGCUUUUGAUCAAGACCAACUAAAGUACAAAAACUUGGUGUGCUAUAUUUUUAUAUUAAAAAUGCAGAAUUCUUUUUGUUUUUUUAUCUAGAACUGUGGAACUAUAAAAAGUGCUAAUAGAACUAUCAUUGUUUCUUUUUGAAUUUGUAAAAUGUUAUGCCCUAGUUUCACAGACGUUUCAAGAUUGCCGUGAGAGAUAUUUCUUCUCAUCUCUGAAGCUUCACAUCUCGCGUCCGCAGAAGUACCCUGUGCUCUAUCCAGAUAUUCCGUAGUCUAUAUAGGUCCUUCAGAUAGGAAGUUUAUAAAAUCGAUGUAGGAGCAAAAGAGUGAGGCCAAAUGCCCAUAGACAACGCUCCUAUUUUCGUGCCAGUGAAAUUAAACAACAAUAUAGGUACACGGAAAAAAAAAAUCUGCUAAAUAUAGACAACUAACAUAAUUCGCUGUAUUAGCCACUUUUUCUUUGUUGCAGGAGCCAAUUUCCUUGCUAUGAUAACAAAAAAAUCUGCUCCUGCAACAAAAAAAGUAGCUAAAGCAAUAAAUAAUGUUUAGUUGUUCAUGUGUAGCAAAUUCGCUACGUUAAGGGGGGAAAUCCAAUUAGAACU